AUGCGUGCUGCUCAUCAAAGAACGUCCAGUUAUUUACAUAAAACUCCAAUAAUGUCAUCUGAAAAAAUCGAUAGAAUCGUCGGUGUUCCAGUUUUAUUCAAAGCUGAGCAUUUACAAAAAACUGGAAGUUUUAAAGUUCGAGGAGCGUUGAAUUCGGCGAUUUUGGCGAAAGAGGAAAAUGCGAAAGGAGUGAUUGCUCAUUCUUCUGGAAACCAUGGUCAAGCCCUAGCAUGGGCGGCUCAAAAAAUCGGUCUUUCCUGUCAAAUUGUGGUUCCAAAAAACGCGCCAAUUUCAAAAAUCGACGGAAUGAAAGAAUACAAAACUGACCUGGUUUUCUGUGAAUCUACAGUAAUUGAUAGAGAAAGGGUGUGUGCUGAGCAAUCGAAAAAAUUAGGAUACCAUUUUGUGAAUCCGUACGAUUGUGAAUCUAUGAUUAAUGGGCAUGCUUCCAUUGGAUUCGAAAUUUUGGACCAAGUCGGUGAUCAGAUAGAUUCCAUUUUCGUAUCAAUUGGCGGAGGAGGCCUUGCCUCUUCCUUCGCUUUUUUGAUAGGAAAUCUGCGUCCAGAUAUUUCAGUGAUCCUGGUUGAACCUGAAUCCAAAAAGCUGUCGAAUCUUCUGGAAAACCGUAUCCCUUGCCCCGUGGACACCUUGGAAACCAUCGCUGAUGGCGUUAGGGUUGCUCAUGUUGGCACACUCUGUGAGCCAAUUUUAAGGGAUUACUGUAGCGGAAACGUCGUCAGUGUGAAAGAGGAAGAAAUCAAAGAGGCGAUGAAGUUGAUUUGGACUAGAAUGAAGCAACGAGUCGAGCCUAGUGCCGCACUUGCGUUUGCCGGGGUACUGUACCACAAACCUGCACAUCUUACUCGGCCGUUGGUGAUUCUGUGUGGUGGAAAUGUCGAUUUGGAUUAUGUCAUUUAA